AUGUCAGAAAUAAGAAAAUCAAAGAGGGCUACUGCCGGCAAAAGAGCGCUUACACUGGAUGAGGAGUUAAUAGUCGAAGAGAGAAAAAAGCAAAAUUUGAAACGAAAUUUUCUUUCCAGGAAAUCUGAGUUAACUCGGCGAGGUGAAACCUACGGACCAAAGCAGAGGAGAAGAAAACCAAAACAUACAUCCUCGGAAAUGGAGGAUUUAGAAGACGAAGUCAGAUGCUUAGUUUGUGGUACAACGGAAGAUGAUGGCGAAGCAAUGGUCCAGUGCGAUCGUUGUCACACCUGGCAGCAUAACCAUUGUAUGUUUCAGGAGAAUACUAUUCCUGAAUCAUAUAUUUGUAACGUAUGCGACCCCCAUAAUGAAGCUUAUGGUAACUUGAAAUUCGAAAUGAGUUUAAGUGAGUAUAAACAACUCAAAAGAGAGACUCUUUCCCCGCAUGGUAAGGGACCAGCACUCAACUUUGAUAUUCAAGAGUCUAUUGUUGCGGCUAAGAAAGCACCAGAUAGUGAUUAUUCAGAAGAGUCAAUAGCAAAAAUUCCUGAGGAUGAUAGUGAGAGUUUUUUUUCUGAGGAGAGCGACCAGGAACAUUUAAUUCACUCAAAACCAACACAAAAAGGUCACAACACAAAACACACUAAAGCUUUCGGGCAAGAGCAAGAAGGUUGCGAGAUCAAGAGCAUGGAUGAGGAGUUUAAUCCUGUAAGAAAGGGAAUAGUGAAAACAUUCUUUAAAAUGUUCAACAAUUUGUUACCUUCGAACGCUAAGAAUGCCGAAGAAUGGGCUCUGAAACUUGAAUACCAAUUACUGCUUUCUCGUGGAGACAAGAAAACUGGCAAAGGUGGCAAGAUAGUACACAUUCCUGGGAACAGCUAUACUUCUAAAGCUCGAACUCUUAUGUUCAAUCUUAAAAACCCAAAGACUAAACUCUUAGAACGGCUCAUUGGCAAAGAGCUAACAUUUGUUCAACUAUGCAAUUUGACUCCCGAAGAGAUGCAAACCUCUGACAUCAAGCAACUUGCCAAGGAUGUCCACACGAAGGCUAUAAGUCAAACAGUUAUAGAGAAUGGAAUGAACUCCAAACCUCGAGCGAAGAUAACUCACAAAGGAGAGGAAAUUAUAGAUUUUGGUGAGGCAGAUGAAGGGAAAACAAGUGAACUGUUUAAUGAAGAUCAAUUUUCUGAUUAUGAAAGGGGAGAAGAAGAUAGCCCGCAACGAAUGCAGCAUCUCAUCGAAGAAGAAGGUUCUCAUCAGAGAGAGGAGGAGCAGGAAAAAUUGUCUGAACGGGGAGAGCCAUAUAAUAAGAAUGUUUCUCUAUAUCACAAUGAGUACUAUUCUGGAGAAGAAGAUGAGGGAAUUAAUCAUGAACGCCAGCAAAUGAUCCUCGAUGAGAGCAUUAGUGCCAUCAUAGGAGACAAUUUCCAAGAUGAAGAUCAGCCUAUUGAUGAAGCUGGUAUUACUGAUAGAAGUAAGGGUUUUGUUUGGGCUGGUGAACUAAUAUUUUCAGAGAUUUCAAAUUUCAGAGCAUGUGCUUACUUUGUAACUUCUUCAACGUUAAUGGAUUUUGACAAAGAAAGCCAACAAUGUAUUUCAAUCAUAAGACAGUUUCAUCAAAUCCAUAAGUAUCUUCAAAUUGAGGGUAGGCUCAACCGUAAAACAGCGCUCGCAUACCUCAAAAAUUGUAUGGACCGUAAGAAAUACACCCUCAUAGUUGAAUUUGUUCCAGACGAAUCAGGAGAAGCAUUAACAGAUGAAGAGCACCGAAAUAACUUCAUAAGGUUGUUUAAUUACUUCUACAAUCGUAACAGAUUUGGAGUGAUACAAGGCAAGGGGGAUUCUGUUAAAGAUGCAUACUUGAUACCUUACCAGGAGGGAGAUGUGCCAGAAAAAGUUUUUGGGUCGUUCAAGUUUCCGAAUACUAUAUUUGAAGUUCGAAGAAGCUCGUUGUCUCAAAGACUUUUUGGAGUGUUUGUAACCAACUUAUAA